GAAGCUUUUUGACAGCAGUUUAAAAUGUUUUGUGAUGUCGCGUAAACAUGCGGAAUUUUCAUAAUUUCUGAAUGUAAUGAGUGAUUCAGAUGAUACAGACGUCUUACUGCUGAUUCCACCCAACUUUUUAUUAAUUGAUGGAAAUUCUAGUGAGAAGUUAGACAGUCGAUCUGGCAAAUCUACACCCAAACUACCUUUCAUGUCAAGCCCGUCUGAACUGGAAAGUAUAAAUGCUCGUCUGGCACAGAUUGAACGCGAGUUCCCCGCCAGCUCGGACAUUUCAUCAAUCUCCCAUUGUACCGUACAAACGCGGGAUGACCAGAGGUGCCGGGGAACUAUGCCAUUCAGAAGUAAGUCGCCGAGAGACUUUGUUCAUUCCACUCCAAAAUGCGACGACAACUUCAAUCCGGGGGGCAAUUGUAACGGGGUACUGCAGGAAAUAGAUACUUUCCUGAAUAAGAAGUCUCAAGACUAUACGAACCCAUAUAGAAGCUCACUUGGAACUACCGUUCGACUAUCCGAAUGGGAGAAACAACAACCCAGCGAGAAGGAACCCUUGAUCAGCCUAAGUGAAAUCUGGGGUAAGGAUGACAAUGUCCACCACGUCACACUGGCGGAGGAAACGCUACGGAGAAAGCAUUGUGAGCGGACAAUACAAGCGCUGCAAGCCAAACUGCUCGAGUAUCAACAAAAGAUAGCAGUUGCCAUCGAGGUUGACAAGAAAAAGGAUGAUUUGAUCCAGAAACAUUUGGAAGAGAAUCUCAAUCUAAAGUCUCAAUUCCAAAAAAUAUCCAGCGACAUCAAAAACUUCGAGGCUAGGCAACUAGAUCGCAUACAAGAAUUGGAAUCAGAGAACUCAGCACUGAAGUCGCAGAAAGAAGUCCUCAACAAAGACAUGGCGAGUUUUCGGCAUCUUAUCAGCGAUCUAGAAGACAAAAAUCAGGUUCUUGAAGUCAAGUUAUCACAGCUUAUGCGGGCUUCGAACGAAACCGCAGAUAUCUACAAGAAACAAAUCGCCGACUUGGAAGUGCGCAUUUCGAACGGUCACAAUAGUAGAGGUCAAUUGGAAGAGCAGCUCGCCGCCCUGAAAUCCAAACUGAUUGAAACAGAAGCAGCAUCCGCCAAAGCCACAAAAGACCGGGAUUUGAAUGCCCACCAAUUAGAGUUAUGCCAAGAAGAAGUGAAGCUCCUGCAGCAACAGAAACGCGACGCCAUUGAGAAAUACCGGGAUGAAAAAUGUCGAGCGGACACCUUAUACAAUGAGAAGAAGCUUUUGGAUGAUAAUCUGCAAGAGUUAAGGCGGAAAGAAACUAAUGUUCUGAAAGAGCUCGAGUCGCAGAGAAUUUCUCUGAAGUCCUACUAUCAACAGCAACUUGAGCAAGUUGUUUCGCAAAAACUCGCCGAGUUCCAAACGCAGUUGGACGCAGUUGAAGGAAACGUUCGCACUGAAGCGAAAGAACGGGAAAAACUUCUCGCAGAACGCGCCAUUAAACAGAUUGAAAUGAUCAACACAAAAAAUGAACAGGAAAUUGAACUGCUCCAAGAAAAACAUCGCGAAGAGGUCGAACUGUAUCGAAUUCAGCUUUCGAACGCAACGAAAACAAUUGAAGAAUUGCAGGGAAAGCUGGACGCGUUUCGGUCAAAGCGAGCGGAUAUCGCCAGCAAACUCCAUACCAUAAUGGAGUCUCAAUGGCAAAAGGCAUUAGAAGUUCUCACAAGUCCAAACUCUGUAGAAAAGCAGAACGACUUGACAGCUGACCGAGUAAACCAAACCAAAGUCGAUGGUGUAGAGUUGAGCACGACCGCGAGACACGAUAAUCCGGAAAACGAGUCGUUCGAGACACCAACAUCAAGCCGAAAUCGGAAGCUAAGGGACAAGCGCACUGAGGAACGGUUGCAGGCGUAUAUACAGUUGCUCUUGAAUAAGUCACCAAGGGAUUUAGACAAUUUAGAUGAAUUACUUCGUGUUACUAAGCUACCAAACGAAUCAACACACCAAGAAAGUUAUAAAAAUGAAACUAGUUCGCACAAAGUUCGACGUGAUCAAAAACCUCCUUGGAAGUAGGAUUAAAAACCAAAUACGCACAGUAACCUAAUGUCUAGUGUACAAAAUGAAGUCAAUAUUCGAUAAUUAACUUAAGCGAAAUUUUUAUAUUGAAUUAUAUGAAAGAAGAUAUUAUUGUAAACAUUUUUUGAGUGACGGUGCGUUUUAGCUCUGCGCUUGGAAUAAAUUCUGAUGUACAAGUA